AUUUUGGGUCUUAAGCCGGUAAAAGACAAGUUCAGAGUACGACAAUGUGGCAGGUCAGUCAAAAUCAGCUGUUCCCACCACAACAAUCAUGGCUGGACGGGCCCUCAAGCGGCUCAUGACGGAAUACAAGCAGCUCACACUGAACCCCCCUGAAGGCAUCAUUGCUGGGCCCACCAAUGAAGAGAACUUCUUUGAGUGGGAAGCUCUUAUUGUAGGGCCGGAGGGGACCUGCUUUGAGUGUGGGGUGUUUCCCGCCAAGCUGAUCUUCCCCCCAGACUACCCACUCUCACCCCCCAAGAUGCAGUUCACCUGUGAGAUGUUCCACCCAAACAUUUACUCAGAUGGCCGAGUGUGUAUAUCCAUCCUACACGCCCCGGGAGAUGACCCAAUGGGCUACGAGACCAGUGCCGAGCGGUGGAGUCCCGUGCAGAGCGUGGAGAAGAUCCUCUUGUCUGUUGUCUCCAUGCUGGCAGAACCAAAUGACGAGAGCAGUGCCAACGUAGAUGCCGCCAAGAUGUGGCGGGACGACAGGGACCAGUUCAACAAGAUCGCAGAGAAGCUGGUUCGCAAGACCCUCAACCUGCCCCAUGUAUAGUGAAGCCUCCAGUCUUUGCCAUAUGCUGCUGUAUAUACUAAUUUUCUUUCUCCAAAUGGUACCUUAUAUUCAGAGAGCUGUUAUCUUGAAUGAUGAAGGGGAUCUUUACCAUAAGUAUAACAGCCUUAAGAAAUAACUCCAUGUCCUAUAUUUAUUUCAUAGUUAAUAUGAUGGUGUUCUCCUGACUUGUUGAUUCUAAAAGUGUGGCUGUGCGGAGUUUCCAGGGAAGGCUCUGAGUUCUGUAGAUUUCACACUUCAGGUAGUCUAGUUGUGUAACUUCUCAGGAUAAACAUUCAUCAGAAAAGUUAUUAUGAAACUACUUUUGUAUAAUGCCGAGGUCUGAAAUAUUCUUUUUCCCAUGGAGUAGGUAAGAACAAAGAUAUUGUUAACCUUUACUUUAUAUAAUAAUACAUAUCACACCUGGCAUUUGGUAGUGUCGCCAAGAUACAUCUUUAAUUAUGAUAAAAGGUGGUGUGUAACAAGCCUCCAUAAAAUAUUCUCUGUAAUAUGUACUCAGAUGGAGAUUAAGACAAUUUUAUACAGCCAGUUAACUCUAAAAGCAUAACUUGUGAUUGUGCAAUUAACCUUUACCUAAUACGGAAUGGGGAAGAACAUUUUCUUUAUUUAAGUUUUAUACAUGAGAAAAAUAAAAAUACUCCAUGAG